UACGCAAACAAACAUGCCUGCUGGAUGGAUUGAAUGUGAAUUUUUACCAGAAAGAAGUGUUCUGUAAAUUUUCGAAUGGAGGAAAGAGCACGAUUAAUUGACCUUAUAUAUAAAGGUUGCCAUUAAUGGUAUAAUCAUCUUUGAAAACUAGAAUAAACCUGACCUUUCAGUCAUGAGUUCUGCCACUAGGAUGUCACGCUGGACAACAAGUCGCUGGAGUAGUCAUCGGACGAACCUUUUGACUCUUACCCGCCGUACAGCUCCAUUUUGUUGGUGGUACCAGACGCGUGAUUACCGCCACCACAAACACAAGAGAGCCGAGCGUCAAGCCAAUCUCUACGACAUCCUAGCCAUCACGCCUAAAGCCACACAGACUCAAAUCAAAGCUGCGUACUACAAACUCUCCAAGAUUUAUCAUCCAGAUCUAAACCAGGGCAGUAAAGACACCCAGGAAAAGUUUGCUACGAUAAGUGAAGCCUAUAGCGUCCUCGGGAAUGUAACGUUGAGGCGUCGCUACGAUCGAGGCGUCUUCACCCACCGAGACCUCCACAGUGAAGUGAAGGAGAAACAUAAGGCGACUGAAUCCACUAAACCUCGUCAGAACACCAGUGUUUAUUAUAACACCGCUGGGGAACGGAUGUACGAUUUUGAUGAAUUCUACAAGGCUCAUUAUGGGGAGGCCUUGAAGAGGGAACAGCGAGAACGCAAAGAGCGCAAGAGGAGGGCUGAAGAAAUGAAGAAAGAACAAGAUCGAUCGCAGACCCCAGUGUGGAUGGUUGCUGGGAUAAGCAGUACUGUCCUUAUCAUAGCUACAUGGUUAAUGAGGAGAAUGCAAUUGAAAUAAAUCAAAUAGAUAAUGUUACCUUUUAGGCUGUUUCAGCUGAACUCGGGGGAAUUGUAUGCAGCAGUGUACACAACAGUUUGACAUGGAGUGUUUCUUUCCAGUGCAGGUAGUCACAAUGCACCAAUAAAUAUUAUCAGGAUGUGAAACUUUGGUGGAAAUACAAUCUUCAUGUAGUACGGUUUACAGGAACUCCAUGACCAUGUACAUCAACAAUCUUUCUUUAGAGGUGUGAUUGUUCUGAACAAAAUCUGUUGUUUUUAACAGUGUUUCGAUUGCCUCGCUGCAGGGGUAGACUUUUGACGAGGAGCUGUAUUGUUAAGUUUCCAAAUCAAGUGACCGUACUAUCGAGAACCAACUCCAAGGGUCAAUUUCAAAGAGAUACUUAAAAAAAAAAAUGACAAGACCACCGGACUUCUCACUGGAAAACACUGAAACUAUUGGCCUAUUGUCCAGUGACCAAUUGGAGCCCUAGAAUCACUCGACUGGUUUCCUGCCUACUUGUGCUUAGCAGAAAAGUGUUCAGCAAAACCGUCUGCAUUUAAGCAUGAUAAGGGGUCCUUAGAAAUUGGGCCCUGCACUUCUUAAUUAUUUUGUGUAAGUUUAAUUUGAAAGCGAGUACUCGGGUUAUGGGGGGAAGGGUUCUCAACAGAGGAUUUUAAAACUACUCCCCCCCCCCAUGCCUUUCACUUGGGGUCUUUCUCCGACUCUCUUACAAUAAAAAAUAUCUACAUGUAGUAGGAUUUGAAACUUUGCAAGGUGGGAAUAUUGUCAUGUGUGCUACCGCAAACCUAAUCUCUUUUGAGUAGUGUUGAAUCUGCCCCGAUGUUGUACAACUUGACGUUUCGAUCAGCAGUAUGCUCUGAUCGUCUUAAGGCCCGGUCCCACUGCAGCGAU